UGGAUUAUUCAUGUUCCCGUGCAUGGGCAGGAUCUCUGAGGCUAGUCAGUUAGCUAGCUAGCGUUUUAUUUAAAACAUAUAUCGCCUUUUUGAGCGGGAGGAGUGUGGCCUAGCUAUCACAUAUUGACAGGGCGUUGACGAAGUUAACCACUCGGGGCAAAAUAGAAUAUUACACAUUUAGUGGGGUCAUUUCGAACGACACAAAAGCUCUGCAUUCUUUGGCUCUAGUGCCAAACCCGCUUGAACAAGAGAGCGGCCAAAUCUUCGACUGACGGAGGCUGAGUGCGGAUAUGAAAGGAGGUAUUGUUGGGCCUACGAUUUUUUUUUUCUUCUGUCAAAAUCGUCAGACGCUACAAAAAAACUAUCGUCAAAACGUUAAAGUUAUCAGAAGAGGACUGAAGACUCAUGGAGACAGUGGGUUUUAUUUUUUUCUAAAUUUAAAUGUCUUUGCAGCAGGUGUUCUUCCUCUGCAUAUAAUUUUCAGACACCUAAUCUAUUGCAUCCUAAAAACAAGCCCUUUUUUAAAUAUAUUUUUAUUUAGUGAUGUUCUCCACUGAAAUGGCAGACUAAAUUACUGACUUUCCACACUACCGACCCGUCCACCAAUCAAUGUACCUUAGAUUUUUCUUCAUAAAAGCCCCCACUACGAUACAAAACUGAAUCCCUACACGAGAGCCAGGAUGAGUGAGGCGUGGCAGCAGCAUGCUGUUGCUCCCCCUCCGGUGGUGCACACCAUACCACCGGGGGCGGAGAACGCAUUGGGCUGCGCCGUCUAUGGUAUCGUCCUGCAGCCUGACCCCACUCUGCAGCAGUCGCAGCAGCAGCAGCACCAGCAUGGCCAGCAGCACAGCCAGCAGCAUGGGCAGCAGCAGCACCCUACCCAGGUACAGCAGCCCUCUCUGCAGGUAGGGGGCGAGGGCGGUCACAAGUGUGGAGCAUGCGGCCACGACAUCUCCCACCUGGCCAACCCACAUGAGCACCAGUGUAUGGUGAGCCAGGACCGCUCCUUCCAAUGCACCCAGUGCAUGAAGAUCUUCCACCAGGCCACUGAUCUGCUGGAGCACCAGUGUGUGCAGGUGGAGCAGAAGCCCUUUGUGUGUGGUGUGUGUAAGAUGGGCUUCUCCCUGCUCACCUCGCUGGCACAGCACCACACCUCGCACAACAGCACCAACCCCAUGAAAUGCUCCAUCUGUGAGAAGACCUACCGACCGGGCUCCUCUGGGAACACCACGCCCUCCUCCUCUGCCACCAACCCUCAGCAGCCAUCUGCUGAUGGAGCCUCCUCCAGUGGGAGUGCGACAGUGGGAUCCUCUUCCUCAAUUACAUUUCCAUCGGCCCGUGACAGGCCCUACAAGUGUUCCGUCUGUCAGAAGGGUUUCAGGCACCUGUCAGAGCUGGCCCGCCACGAGCGUGUGCACACCGGAGAGAAGCCCUUCAAGUGUGACACAUGUGACAAGAGCUUCAGCCAGUCCUCUCACCUGGCCCAUCACCAGCGCACCCACAGCUCAGAGCGUCCAUACAAAUGUGCUGUGUGUGACAAGAGCUUCAAGCACCGCUCCCACCUGGUGCGCCACAUGUACGCCCAUUCCGGAGAGCACCUGUUUAAGUGCAACCUGUGUGAACUGCACUUCAAGGAGUCUUCUGAGCUGCUGCAUCAUCCAUGCCACCCACAAGGGGCACGCCCCUUCCGCUGUGCAACCUGUGGAAAGGGCUUCAAGCGUCCAUCAGACCUGCGGCAGCAUGAGCGCACUCACUCUGAGGAGCGUCCCUUCCACUGUGAGGAGUGCCAGAUGAGUUUCAAACAGCAGUAUGCCCUGGUGCGACACAGGCGCACACACAAAAACCCAUCUGACCGCCCCUUCAAGUGCAACCUUUGUGACAAAGGCUUCUUGCAGCCAUCCCAUCUGCUGUACCACCAGCACGUCCACGGCAUGGAGAACCUGUUCAAGUGCGCGUCCUGCCAGAAGGAAUUCAGUCAGUCAGGAGAGCUGCUGCGCCACAAAUGUGGUGAGUCGUCCUCUUCAUCUAGGGAGACAGACAAGCCUUACAAAUGUGACGUGUGCGGCAAGGGAUACAAGAAGAGUUCAACACUGCAGCGACAUCAGAACUCGCACUGUCAAGAGAAGCCCCUGAAGUGCUCCCUUUGUGACCGCCGCUUCCUGUCAUCCUCAGAGUUUGUGCAGCACCGCUGCGACCCGUCCCGAGAGAAGCCCCUCAAGUGUCCCGAAUGCGAGAAGCGCUUCAAGUACUCGUCUGACCUGAAUCGGCACAAGCGUGUCCACACCGGGGAGAAGCCCUACAAGUGUGCUAGCUGUGAUAAAGGCUUUAAGCAACGGGAGCACCUGGCCAAGCAUCAGAGUGUGCAUUCCAGAGAUGCCCAGUUCAAGUGUGUUUGGUGUGGAGAGCGCUUUGGAGACCUGGGAGCUUUGCAGGAGCACACAGUCCAGCACACAGCUGAAGGAGGGGGUUACCCUGUGCCACCUUGCAUAUAGUCACACCCCUCCGCUCUGUACAAGUUCAUAGCAAACGUCCCUGUCUACCAUUAAUUUGCAGCACCCAGCUUAACACACUUGAACUGGGCAUCUCUGGAGUGCACACUCUGGUGCUUUCCAGAGAUGCCCAGUUCAAAUGCUUUGGAGACCUGGGAGCCUUGCAGGAGCACACAGUCCAGCACACAUCUGAAGGAAGGGUUACCCGAUGGUAGGUUACGCUGUGCCACUUUGCAUAUAGACAUACCCUUCCCUUCUUUUCCAGUCCAUAGCAAAUGUCCCUGCCUACUCUUAAUUUUCCCCCAGCAUAUACAAUCCAUACCCUCACUCCCAUCUGAAAACUGAUACCAGUCCACUCCCCCCCACACCCUAAGAAACCCAUACAAUUUAUAAUUGUAAAAAAGAAAAUAGAAGUCACUGCUUUAGGGCUACCAUCUGAAAGACAGAGGAGGAGAAGCCAACAAGGAUAUGUCUUUCACUUCAAACCCUAGGGUGGAUGUUCUAGCCCAGGUCAAUUACCCUAUCUAUCCUUACCUUCUUGAAUCAACUUCCCUGCAAGUGGGGAAAAAAAUAAGAAAUGUAAAUCACCACAUUAGCCUACAUUUCUGUCUAUGAAAAGCUUUGCAUUUGUACAUAAAUUACCUUGUAGAUAAAAUACAGAAAAAGAAAAGGGGGAUGUGGACCAGUUCCCCUUGUGAUGACCUGCUUGACUGGUGUUAAGGGUUGCACCAUGACCCAGAACUAUUCUCUUGUCAACAGUGGUUGUCACUCUAGAACCCAUCUACAGAGAUCCUGCAUGCAUUGUUACAUUCUCUUACCCAGGAUACUCAAGACUUAUGUGAUUGCUAAGUUUCAGCAGCUGCUACAGUCUACUGAUGGCCUCAUGCUUUUAUUUUUAUUUUGGAAUCAAUUACUCUGUAUCAACUCUGAUUUAUAAAAUGUUUUGCUUGGUGGGUGGAGGGUCAAGAUUAUUGUGUAUUGGUUACUUUUCCACAACCUCAUCACUGUAGUAGCAGUGUAUGCAUAUCAGGAAAUGGAACCGGUACAGGGAACAGAACAGACAAAAAUUGAGGACCAGAAUCAGAACCAGGAACGAAAGUGAUCUAUACUUUUCCGGAACAGAACCGUUAUUUUAAAAGCAUGGGAACCGGUUAAUAACAUUAUUU